AUGAACGUGAUGAUCGCAACAAAAACCGAUGAGUACGACUUGGAGAAAUUUUGGAAAAUAGAGUCACUGGCUUCCGAGAAAAUUGACACUACAAAUUUAGAAGAACAGAUGGAUAUUCAAAAGACUUAUGAAGAGAAACAAAUUCGUUACCAUGACAACAGAUAUUUUGUAACGUUACCAUGGAAAGAGGAUCACCCAACGUUACCGACAAAUAAAGCCAUUGCACAACGAAGGACGGAAAGUGUAGUAAGAAGACUUAGCAAAGAACCCAAACUACUGGAAAAAUAUGGAGAAAUAAUGGCUGAGCAGGAGAAAAGGGGCUUCAUAGAGAAAGUGAAUACUUCUAAUGAGGCCGAUGAAAAGAGCAAAAUACACUAUAUUCCGCAUCAUGCUGUGAGAAAAGAUUCAACAACAACACCAAUCAGGGUCGUAUUCGACUGCAGUUGUAAAGCAACACCAGAAUCGUCUAGUCUUAAUGAUUGUUUGAUGACUACUCCACCCAAUUUAAAUGACUUAGUCGGCAUUCUUUUAAGAUUUCGUUUACACCAAUUUGCCGUUACUACUGAUAUAGAUAAGGCGUUCUUGAACGUUGGAUUAGAGACACAGGAUAGAGAUGUCACACGUUUCUUUUGGUUCGAUACACCAACAGACCCAUCAACUCCACUAUCAACUUACCGAUUUAAGUCUGUAUUAUUUGGAGCCACUUCAUCGCCAUUCAUACUGAAUUCCGUUCUACAAAAACACUUGAGAGAGAACCGUUGUGAAUAUACUGACACUUUAAAGAACGAUUUGUAUGUUGAUAAUAUACUGUCGAGUUUUCCUACAGAGAGUGCAUUACUGAAAUAUUUUGAUACAUCAAGAGACUUAUUCAUUAGAGCAGGAUUUAACUUGCGCUCAUGGGCUUCAAAUUCUCAACUUUUGCGAGACCGCGCAAAUUCACACAGCGUAUUAGACAAAGACGAACUCAUACAAGUGCUUGGAUUGAGAUGGAACACUUGUAACGACACACUUACUUUCGCCAAACCGGAAUACACCGAUAUUGAAGAUACACGUAUGACAAAACGAGAGAUUUUAAGACAAUCGUCUAAAAUCUAUGAUCCACUCGGACUUAUUGGUCCAGUUACUGUGCGUAGUAAGAUGCUUAUGCAGACUUUGUGGGAGAAAGGAUUACAUUGGGAUGAACCUCUUACAUCUGAAAUUACAACAGAAUGGAAGUGUGUACUAAAAGAUAUAAAUAAAUGUUCACAUUUGGAAAUUAAUAGACCGUAUUUCAAAGAACAAUCAGACAAUGUAGAAUUACAUGUGUUUACGGAUGCAAGCUUGAAAGCCUAUGGAGCAUGCGCAUAUUUAGUCAGUGGAAAAGAAACCGUACUUAUCAUGUCAAAGAAUCGAGUGACACCACUGAAACAGUUAACAAUUCCGAAGUUAGAACUCAGUGCAGCUUUGAUAGGCGCAAGACUCGUCAAGCAUUUGAAAUCACACUUGGAUGUUACAAGCGUCACAUUAUGGAGUGACAGUCAGAUAACUUUAAGUUGGCUUACUACUGAGAAACAAUUACCCGUUUUCGUUAGUAAUCGAGUGAAGGAAAUUAACGAAAUUACGCAAGAAUUCACAUGGAAGUACUGUCCGACAGAUUCAAAUCCGGCAGAUAUGCUAUCGAGAGGAGUUACUGCAAUCAAAUUCUUAGAAUUGGAUCUUUGGAUGAAAGGACCCGAAUGGCUCACUGACAAAUCAAAGUGGCCACAGUGGAAGAAUAAAGAAUCACACAUUCUUAGCACUACCAUUGAGCAAGGACAAUCAACUAGUGAACCGCAACAGAAAAUCAGAUCUUAUGAAGGAAUAAGUAAAAUUAUGGAUAUACAACGCUACAGCUUAUACCAAAAACUUUUGCGUAUAACUGCAUACAUGUACCGAUUCAUAAACAACUGUAGAAAUAAUGACAAACUAACAGGAAAUCUUAGUGUCAAUGAAAUUCAGACUGCUUCGACUUCAUGGAUUCGAGAUUCGCAACUGCGUAAAUACCCGGAUGUUAUUGAGAGUUUAAACAACAAUUCAGAGAAAAAUGCGCUAGUGAAGCAACUUAGAUUGUACAUGGAUAAAAUGAACAUUAUCCGUUGUGGCGGGAGAAUUAACAAUGCACCUAUUGAUGAAUCAGCUAAAUUUCCAGUACUAAUACCGAACAAAGACAGAUUUUGUAAAUUAAUUGUGAUGGAUGCACACGCAAAGAAUGUUCACUCUGGAUUAGAAAGUACAGUGACAUUUAUUCGCCAGUCUUACUGGAUUCCGUCGAUUCGACAAUGUGUUAAAUCAAUACUCCGUACUUGCGUUACUUGCCGUAAAAUUACAGGAAGACCCUAUCAUACACCCGACCCACCACCACUGCCGUCCGACAGACUUAAUGAUUCACCACCGUUUACCGUAACCGGUGUCGACUUCACAGGAGCAUUGCAUGUUAGAACAAAAAGCAACAGUACUAGUAAAGCAUAUAUUUGUCUAUUCACCUGCGCUAACACUAGAGCUGUGCAUUUGGAAAUCGUCGAAGACCUUACAGAACAAACAUUCAUUCUAGCGUUUAGGAGAUUCACCAGCCGCAAAUCGUUACCAAAAAUCAUGAUGUCUGACAAUUGUACAACAUAUACCGCAGCAGCGAAGGAAAUUGAAAUGCUUACAAAAUCUACUUCUAUUCAGGAACAACUCAACAUAUAUGGAACUCAGUGGAAAUUUAUUCCGAAACGUGCCCCAUGGUAUGGUGGUUGGUGGGAACGAUUGAUCGGCUUGACCAAGAAUUGCAUAAAGAAAGUGUUAGGACGAGCACUAGUUACUUUUAGAGUGCUAGAGACAAUUGUGAUCGAGAUAGAGGCUAUAUUAAGGUAG